CAAUAGAAAUUCACACCAAAAUUCCAUUCUUAAUACUCAAUAUCGAUUCUGUGAAGAGGCAGCCCUCUUCACGAGCCUGAAAUGUACCCUCAGUCACGUUUUUUUGCCCGUCAGUUGAACCCCGGCGUUAUCCUAACCCAAGAGCUGAAAAUGAAAAUGUACAACUUUGAGGCACUCCACCUCGAGAAGAACCAGCUGGAGACUGACAUCGAGCUGAUUCGCAAGCAGCAAGACUCCAUUGAGGAUAAGCUCGCCGAAGCACUGGCCGAAGAGGAGUUCCAGCGCUGCUUGAAUGGCCACAUGACGAUCGGUCCCAAUGACAGCGAAGUGCUGGAGAUAUUCAAGAAGCAUUUGACCAGCACCAUCGAUAAACUGGCCAGCAAGUACGAGCGCAAAAUUUAUUUGGACAUAGAUCUACAGAAGCUCAAGAUGACCAUCGAAAAGGACAUUUUGAAAGUCAACGAGGAGGCGGCUGCAGCCGAAACUGCGACAUCCUAAUGCCCAAACUUAACGUAC